AUGUCUGACGACAAGGGCGAAACCUUUGCAUUCCAAGCUGAGAUUGCUCAGCUUAUGAGCUUGAUUAUUAACACUUUCUAUAGCAACAAGGAAAUCUUCUUGAGAGAACUAAUUUCGAACUCCUCCGAUGCAUUGGAUAAAAUCCGAUAUCAGGCUCUUACUGAGCCAGGAGAGCUCGAUACUGGAAAGGAACUUUACAUCAAAAUUAUUCCAAACAAGGAGGACAAAACCCUCACCAUUAUCGAUACUGGUAUCGGAAUGACGAAAGCUGACCUCGUCAACAACUUGGGAACGAUCGCUAAGUCAGGAACGAAGGCUUUCAUGGAGGCGCUUCAGGCUGGCGCUGACAUAUCUAUGAUCGGCCAAUUUGGUGUCGGUUUCUACUCAGCAUUCCUUGUCGCGGACCGUGUGGUGGUCACGUCAAAACAUAACGAUGACGACUGCUACCAAUGGGAAUCCAGCGCUGGUGGCUCAUUCGUUGUUAGGGCUGUUAACGAUCCAGAAGUCACUCGUGGUACCAAGAUCACUAUGCACAUCAAAGAGGAUCAGACUGAGGUGUUGGAAGAGCGCCGUAUUAAGGAGAUCGUCAAGAAGCAUUCUCAGUUCAUUGGUUAUCCCAUCAAACUUGUGGUAGAAAAGGAGCGUGAGAAGGAGGUUGAAGAUGAUGAAGCGGAAGAGGCAAAGGAGGAUGCCAAGGAAGGAGAAGUCGAAAAUGUUGGCGAGGACGAGGAUGCUGACAAGAAGAAGAAAAAGACGAAGAAGAUCAAGGAGAAGUAUCACGAGGAUGAAGAGCUCAACAAGACUAAGCCGAUUUGGACUCGCAAUCCGGAUGACAUCUCAAAUGAAGAGUAUGCAGAGUUCUAUAAGAGUCUGUCAAACGAUUGGGAGGACCAUCUCGCAGUCAAGCACUUCUCGGUUGAGGGUCAACUUGAGUUCCGCGCUCUUCUGUUUGUUCCGCAACGCGCUCCGUUCGAUCUUUUCGAAAAUAAGAAGAACAAGAACUCCAUCAAGCUGUAUGUGCGACGAGUCUUCAUCAUGGAGAAUUGUGAGGAGCUUAUGCCCGAAUACCUCAACUUCAUUAAGGGUGUUGUAGAUUCUGAGGAUCUCCCGCUCAACAUUUCUAGAGAAAUGCUCCAGCAAAGCAAGAUCUUGAAGGUUAUUCGUAAGAAUCUCGUGAAGAAGUGUCUCGAACUGUUCGAGGAAAUCGCCGAGGACAAGGACAACUUCAAGAAGUUCUAUGAACAAUUCGGAAAGAACAUCAAGCUCGGUAUUCAUGAAGACUCAACAAAUCGCAAGAAGAUGGCUGAUUUCCUCCGCUACUAUUCUUCCUCAUCUGCUGAUGAGCCAACAUCUCUCAAAGAUUACGUCUCACGUAUGAAGGACAAUCAGACCCAGAUCUACUACAUCACUGGAGAGUCCAAGGAUGCUGUUGCAAAUUCUGCAUUCGUUGAGCGUGUGCGCAAUCGUGGAUUCGAAGUCCUAUACAUGGUUGACCCGAUUGAUGAGUACUGCGUGCAGCAGCUCAAGGAGUAUGAAGGCAAGAAGUUGGUGUCGGUAACGAAGGAAGGUCUUGAGCUUCCUGAGUCUGAGGAUGAGAAGAAGAAGUUCGAGGAGGAUAAGGUCAAGUUCGAGAACCUAUGCAAGGUCAUCAAGGACAUUCUUGAGAAGAAGGUUGAGAAGGUUGCUGUUUCGAACAGACUUGUUCACUCCCCUUGCUGCAUAGUCACUUCUGAAUACGGUUGGUCGGCCAACAUGGAGCGCAUCAUGAAGGCACAAGCACUUCGAGACUCAUCAACCAUGGGCUACAUGGCAGCCAAGAAGCACUUGGAGAUUAAUCCUGACCAUGCUAUCAUGAAGACGCUGCGCGAAAGGGUCGAGGUUGACAAGAACGACAAGACCGUGAAAGAUCUUGUUAUUUUGUUGUUCGAGACUGCUUUGUUGUCGUCUGGAUUCACUUUGGAGGAGCCGCAGUCCCAUGCAUCACGAAUCUACAGAAUGAUCAAGCUCGGUCUCGAUAUUGGAGAUGAUGAGGACGAAGAACUGCCCGCCGCUUCGUGUGCGGCCGAGGUCCCUAAAGUCGCCGGUGCCGAAGAGGACGCUUCCCGAAUGGAGGAGGUCGAUUAA